AUGUUCAAAAAUAAGGUUUAUAUAAUUGUAUUACAACGAGAUGUAAAUAAAGACGAAGAUGAUAACGAUGAAGAGGAAGGUAAUGAUAAUAAGGAAGAAGGUGAAGACGUGAAGGAAGAGUUAAUUCGUAUCUUAAAAGAAGAAGACGAUGAUUUUUGGUGUUUUAAGAUGUAA